AAAACUCCUCUGCUGACUGACCGGAAGACCUAGGGGGGAAAAAAUCAUCAUCAAUUAUUAUCAGGUCACUGUCAGACCUAACAAGCUGUGUUACUAAAACGAAUUCUUUGAUCAAACGUGUGUCCUCUACACUAAACCAUGGGAACUGAUAAAAGGCUCAGUCGGUCUGAACGCAGUGGAAGAUAUGGUUCGGAUGGGAGGAGAGAUGAUCCAGAAUGGCACGAAAGACGACGAGGUAGAGAUGUGGAGAGGGAUUAUGAUCAUCGUUGGGGCGAUGACAGACGCAGAGACAGUCCAGAGAGGGGCAGAAAACGGCGCAAUAGUGACAGAUCCGACGAUGAAUACGAUGGGGAUUAUCCGGACCAGCACUACAAAAUGGAGCAGGAGGAGGAGAGCAAGACUAUUAUGCUGAGGGGUCUCCCUCUUAAUGUCAUAGAGGAUGAUAUCCGCUCAGCGCUCGAGCAGCUCGAGGGCCCCCAUCCUGUGGAAAUUCGCUUGAUGAGGAAAAGGAGAGGUAUAAGCCGAGGUUUCGCCUUCGUGGAGUUUUAUCGCUUGCAAGAUUCUACCCGAUGGAUGGAGACCAAUCAGAACAACCUGGUGAUUCAGGGCAAGAGCAUUGCGCUGCACUACAGCAACAGGAGACAGAACGUUGAAAACUGGCUUUGCAGUGCAUGUGGUGUGUACAAUUUCCGGAAGAAGCUGAAGUGUUUCAGGUGUGGAGCAACUAAAGUUGAUACAGAGUCCCCGGGUAUAAGUGCUUUAAAUCCUGAGUCUCAACAGCAAGGAGAUUACAAUGGAGACACCAUCAUUUUGAGAAACAUUGCCCCUCUUUCAACUGUUGAUGGAAUUUUGAACAUAUUGGCCUCUUAUGCCAACCUGUCUGCAGGCAACAUCCGCCUCAUCAAAGACAAGCAAACAGGACAGAAUAGAGGCUUUGCCUUUGUUCAGCUCUCAUCUCCUUUGGAGGCUUCUCAGCUGCUCUCUGUUCUCCAGAGCCUUCAGCCACCUCUAAAACUGGAUGGAAAAACAAUCGGUGUGGACUAUGCCAAGAGUGCUAGGAAAGACUCAGCGCAGCCAGAUGGGAUCAGAGCUAGUGCUCUCUCUGUUGCCAGCACAGCCAUUGCUGCUGCUCAGUGGUCAUCCAGCCAGUUACAGCAAGGUUCAGGUACCACCCUUGACUACAUUACUCUUGCAGAGGGCUACGCACGGCAAACACAGGGACAGAAUUAUCAAAUAUGGCCGCAGCAGCCUGAAGGAUUGGCUCCUGUCAUUGGAGAUGGAUUACUCGGAGCUGCUCCAGAAAUGAAGACAUUGAUCCCUGCAGCCACAGGUGUUGUCAUAUCUCAGGCACCUCAGCUUUACCAGCCUGUCAUUGUCAGCCAGCCUGCUGUACAGUCACAUCAAUUACUGAGGCCUGUUAUUGCAGCACAGCCAACUGCUAGUGUCUGCACUGCAUCGCUGGUAACACCAGCAGUUUCCACUGUUGCAACUACUGUCUCUUCUCCUCCAACUGUAAACACAACAGUCGCCCCCGACACCUCCACAUACCAGUAUGAUGAGGCUUCUGGUUACUAUUACGAUCCACAGACUGGUCUGUACUACGAUCAUAGCAGCCAAUACUACUAUAACUCCGAGACCCAGCAGUACCUCUACUGGGACAGUGGGAAGCAGGCGUACAUUCCUGCACCGGCUGAAUCAGAGCAAGCGUCCAAAGAGAAGAAGAAGCUGAAGAGCAAGUCUGCACAGCAGAUUGCAAAGGACAUGGCGCGUUGGGCAAAAAGCUUCAAUAAGCAGAAAGAAAGUUUUAAGAGCAGUUUCCAAAGCUUAGGACCAUCCAAGGAGGAGGACAGGAAAGAGUCUGCAGCUGCUGACGCAGGUUUCUUUCUUUUUGAGAAAAAGCAAACGGGAGGCUUUGACAUGCCAUCCCUCAUGACCGAACAAUUCAAGAUCACAGAGCAGGACACUUCAACUAAGUGUGGUCUGGUUGCUGCUCAUAACAUGGACGGUGGAGCAGAGGAGGGCAGCUCAGAUAGAGCAGUGUAUGAAGAGGGCAAAAUAACAGACUGGAAGAAGAUGGUUUGUCUGCUGUGUCGACGGCAGUUCCCCACCAAAGAGGCUCUGCUGCGUCACCAGCAGCUCUCUGACCUCCACAAGCAAAACUUGGAAAUUCAGAGAAGAUCAAAACUCACAGAAGCUGAGCUGGAGGAGCUGGAAAGGAAAGAAACCGAGCUGAAAUACAGAGACAGAGCUGCAGAGAGAAGGGAGAAGUAUGGUCUCCCUGAGCCUCCUGCACCGAAGAAGAAAUUCUAUCAGCCACCAACCCCAACAGUAAACUACGAACAGCCCACCAAAGACGGCCUGACGAGCGAUAAUAUCGGGAACAAAAUGUUGCAAGCGAUGGGCUGGCAGGAAGGCAAAGGUCUGGGGCGCCACCAACAGGGCAUCACCGCUCCCAUCUCGGCUUCAUUAAGGACCAAGGGCACAGGCUUGGGUAUUAAAGGAAGCUCAUAUGAACUAUCAGCAUCUGACACCUACAAGGAUGCCGUUCGUAAGGCCAUGUUCUCACGCUUUACUGAGUUAGAGUGAACCGGAGAGAGACAAGUAAUCAUACUGAACUGGAAAAUAUUAAUUCUGUGCCCAAAUAAUCCUGCUGUGAAAAGGAUUCCCCUGUACAGACGUAAACUGUAGUUUUUAUCUUCUUUUUGUAUAUAACGAUAGAUUUGUUUUAUAUAGCUAUUUAUUUUGUCUCUCCAAAUGUUUUCUGUUGAUUGAAAAUGUAAAUGCUGUAUAGUGUUUGUACAUAAAAUUGUGUCGACCUGCUGAGGUUUUGUCUCUGUGAAAAUCAAUGUGGCAAUUAAACCAAACCUCUGUGCUCAACAGUA